CAGCGCUCUGCGCCUAGUAAAUGGGAAGCGGUUGGAAUGGAGUAAACUCCCAGGAAUUGGGCCGGGCCGUGCGGUGCCGUGGGGAACCGAACAGGCGGACNGGGGGAGGCGCCGCGCUCCGGCGAAGGGGAUGAGGUGACGAGAGCCAUGGCGAACGACGGAGGCAGGAAGCAGUUCUGGAAGCGGAGCGGCUCGAAGGUGCCGGGGAGUAUCCAACAUGUGUAUGGAGCUCAGCAUCCUCCUUUUGAUCCAUUGUUGCAUGGAACCUUGAUAAAACCAGGAUCCAAGCCGCCUGUAACUCCUGUGAAAUUGAAGAAAGUCAGUACCUUCCAAGAAUUUGAAAGUAACACAAGUGAUGCUUGGGAUCUUGGGGAUGAUGAUGAUGAACUUCUAGCAAUGGCAGCUGAAAAUUUAAAUACAGAUGUAGUCAUGGAAACUGCUAACAAAGUAAUUCAGAAUCACAGCAAGCUACAAGAACAGCAUAAACUGCAGGAGGAACAGCUACAGGAAGACAAACCAGUACCAUUUUCAGAAUUGCCUUCAGUGGCGUUUGGUGACAACAGGCUGGUUAAGUCAGUCAGUGAAAGUCAUGCAUCAAGUUCUGCAGAGAGUGUUAGUGAAAAUUCUUCCAUGCAGAGGUCACAGUCCCUUCCACAUGCUCCAACAGAUCCAUUAGAGGGUGAAGAGGCAGACGACAAUACGUUAGCUACUCCGGCACUAACUGAAAGAGAGGCAUUCAGAUUAGACAAAUUUAAGCAACUACUUGCUGGUCCUAACACAAAUCUUGGUAAGUACUUUAAAAAUAAAAACGAUGUGGAUUUUAACAGAAGAACUCCUACUUUGAUUAUUUUUGCAAUUUGA